AUGACGGCGUUUGGUUUACAUUUUGGAGGAACUAAUUUGACAUUGGCUGUUUGCAAGGAUGGUCAAACGGAAAUUUUAGCAAAUAAUGAUGGCCAUCGAUCAACGCCUGCUGUGAUCGCUUGUAAAGGAGCUCACUAUGCUGUUGGAAUCAAUUCUGCGUUAAAUUACAGACCUGGUGAAGAUAUAAUAGUAGAAAAUAUUCGUUCUAUUAUCGGCCUAAAAUCGGAGGAUUUCAAAGUACAAGAAUUCGUUCGUAAAUCCAAAUGUAAGAUAGAAUCCGAUGAGGAAGAUAUUAUUUUCAAAUUUAAAGAAAAUCUGAAAGAUACUUUUACGUUGUCUCGGCUUGUAGUACUUCUGCUACAGAAAAUGAAAGAAAUUACGCAAACUUACACCCAAGAAGAACCUAUCCGGGUCGUUUUAGCUGUACCCGUCUAUUAUAAGGACGUGCAAAUACUGGCACUGAAGGCCGCCGCUGAAGAAGUUGGAUUUAACGUUCUUCGAUUUGUGAAAGAACCCUGCGCUGCUGCGUUAGCGUACCAGAUAGGACAGAAUGACAUAUACGAAAAUGGAUACUACCUAAUAUUUCGUCUGGGGGGUAAGAGCACAGAUGUAACUAUAUUGAGGGUAGACGGAGGAUUAUAUGAGAUAUUAGCUUACAAAAACGAGCAAAACUUUGGUGGAGAAGAUUUUAGUUGCACUAUUAGUGAAUGUUUAAUAAAGGAAUUUGAAAAAAAAUGGAAUGUACAGAUCCCAAGGGACAGUCAACGCGCUCUCAAUAAAUUCUUAAAAGCUGCUGAGCAAUGCAAACAAAUCCUAUCGUUAUCUCCUACUGCAACUCAUUUCAUUGAAUCCGCGUAUGAUGGUAUCGAUUACCAGUGUAGUAUUAGUCGAACUAAAUUUGAGAUGCUAUGCAGUAAACUAUUGGAAAAGUGCCUUAACUUAAUCGAUAAUACCUUGAAUGAUACAUCUUUGACCAAGACUGAUAUUGCUAAGAUUAUUCUUAGCGGAGGAUCAUCACGUAUUUUAAAACUCCAAGAAAUAAUUAAAGCCAGAUUUGACAUCCCAGUCUGUGUAGGUAUAAAUCCAGGAGAGGUCAUUGCUAUCGGUGCCGCUGCACAGGGAGGGCUUAUUUCGAAAGAAUCUUCCGACUGCAGUGAGAAGACUUUAUCAGUCCUUUGCUCUCCGUGUGGUAUUUGUGUCUCGGACAGAGAAAGUGAUCUUAUAGUGGACGACGUGCAGGUUAUUGUUCCCAACCUUUGUCCUCUUCCUUUCCGAAAGAGAAUUCCGCUGCGAGAAGUCUGUGUCGAGAAUCCUCUAGUUUGUAUAUAUGUACAUCAAUUGCUUCGAUCCGACAAAGAGUACGAAAUUCGACCAAUAGCAAAGUUGGUAUUAACCGAUUUAUCAAAAGACGAUGACAACCGCUUUAUAAUUGAUGUGGAAUAUAAACGGGAUGGAGAAAUUAAAAUAGAACUAAUAGAGACCAUUUCAAAACAAGCAACAUCCUUAACUAUCGGCACCGAGAAGAUAGAGUGA